UUAAAUAACUAGGUUCUUUCAAACAGCAAAAACAGCUUGUAUUAACUUGCCGUGGCGGAAGGAUUGGGUCCUUUUUGAUACAUGACGUAUCUGUAUACGAUCUAAAAAAAAUGCCAGAAUGAACCAAAUAAUUGUACCUUUUCACUACUACUAAAUUAUAUACAAGAUAAACACUUUUCUGUGUCAGCUACCUCAAGAUCUAUUUUUCUUUCUAAUUAAUUUUGCGAGAGGUAUUAUUUUUCUAUAAUGUGUUYAAUGUACGUAAAUAAAUAUGUAGUGUCAAAUGCUAAACGGAGAAUUAAUAGUUAAAACAAUGAUAAUAAUUUAUAGCUCCAAGAAAAUUAUAUGCCGUAAUAUGAAUUUACCCUUUUCAAAAGUUGGAUUUGAUGGAAUMCCAUUUUAUUAAUAUGAUGCCCGGUAUUAUUAAGUACCGUGUAGUAUUUUCAUCUUAACAGCUUAAAGGCGAAUAGUAGUUUCAUUUCCGGUCUGCUCCUGCAAAGUCUGCUUCUCUGCAGUGCACGACUUUGUACUCUCAGCGCCGCUGUUGGCUCAUGCAGAGAUUUCUUUCCUCGUUUUGAUGCCCUAAACAGAGAAAGAUGUAUUCACAUAGCCCACAACCGUUCAACAAAAGGGACAGCGAUCAUCUCCCUGCAGUUUCUGCAUAUAUUUGGGGACGGAAAAUGUAAAAAUAUAACAUCCUCUGCUGGACUAUCUUCUAUUUGGGGAAACUUGACGUUUUGGGAAUUAAGAAACAUUAUUUUUUUUGUUAGGAUUUAACGAGGAUACCAUGUUGGACAGAACAAUGAGAUGGCAAGUACGGUUGUUUGUCGUGAUUUUUUUGCUCGGUUGUGUAGCAGGACAGGCCACUUACUCUAUUCCAGAGGAAAUGUCAAAAGGCUCCCUUUUUGGCAACAUAGCUCAUGAUUUAGGGUUAGACGUGAAGAGACUGAAGUCCGGUAGAGCCAGAAUAUAUACAGAAGAUAAAGCAGAAUACAUYGAGCUAAACACAGACAGGGGACUCCUGGUAGUCAAAGAAAGAAUCGACAGAGAGACGCUGUGCGGACAGACAACGCCUUGUGCUUUACAUCUGCAAAUUACACUCGAAGACCCGAUUGAAUUUUAUUCUGUUAAUGUCGAAAUUAAUGACAUAAACGACAACGUGCCCACCUUUAAGAAGGAAGAGAUGAAAUUUAGAAUCAGCGAGUCGGCUGUGAUUGGAGCAAAAUUUGUAUUAGAGAGAGCGAUGGAUCUAGACGUGGGUGUGAAUGGGCUGCAGAGUUAUKCACUUAAACCGACGGAUAAUUUUGUUUUAAAGCUCAACAGCCAACAAGAUGGCAGCAAAAAGGUGGAGAUGGUUUUACAAAAGCAACUCGAUAGAGAGGCGCAGGAUCACAUCGCAUUAACUCUUACUGCCAGUGAUGGCGGAGAGCCUCAGCUGUCAGGAACAAUGCGGGUGGAAAUUUCAGUGUUAGACGUUAAUGACAAUGCUCCAGUUUUUACGCAGGAAGUCUAUAAAGUUACUGUUAUGGAAACUGCUCCUAUAAGUACUAUUUUGAGUACAGUUCGUGCAAUAGAUGCAGAUGAAGGUUCAAAUGGAAAAGUAAGGUAUUCGAUAACAAACACCUUAGAUGACGUGCCAAAUUUAUUUCAAGUAGCGGAAGAAAGCGGCGUUGGCCGCUGUUGA